CCACUAUAUGUGUGUUGAGAUGAGAUGAGGGCAUGAGAGGGUGGGUUGAUGUGGUUUCGCCGAGGACCAUCUUUCAAGACAGCCUGUUAACUGUCGUGUUGUAAUCACCCACAAGAGGACACAGUACUCAUGAGAAGACAGCACUUAUGAGAAUUCUUAGGCCAUUAGAUGAGUGAGGCCCAUCAGAGCAUCCUGGUCGUUCACAGUCAAAAAUAUUGGUGGAAUAUUCCAGGUGGAAUAUUGGCAAAUACACAGGAGGGAUCUCAAAGACACAAGGUUUUUCCAGUAUGAACCGGGCUUUUAACAGGAAAAAAGAUAAAUCCUGGAUGCACACUCCAGAUGCGCUGGCAAAGCAUUACAUACCCUACAAUGCCAAGUUUCUUGGAAACACAGAAGUUGACCAACCGAAAGGCACAGAGAUUGUUAAGGAAGCAGUUAGAAAGUUAAAGUUUCAAAGGCAUAUCAAGAAGUCAGAGGGACAGAAGACACAAAAAGUGGAAUUACAAAUCUCCAUUUACGGAGUAAAGAUCUUAGAUCCCAAGACAAAGGAUGUCCAGUACAACUGCCAGUUGCAUAGGAUAUCCUUCUGUGCAGAUGACAAGACUGAUAAAAGGAUAUUCACCUUCAUCUGCAAAGACUCCGAAUCAAACAAACACCUCUGCUACGUGUUUGACAGUGAAAAAUGUGCAGAGGAGGUAACACUCACUAUUGGCCAGGCGUUUGACUUGGCCUACAAGAAGUUCCUCGAGUCUGGUGGGAAAGAUGUGGAGACACGGAAACAGAUAGGAACCUUACAGAAAAGAAUUCAAGAACUGGAAACGGAAAAUUCUGGGCUAAAGAAGCAGCUUUGGGAACUGGAGGAGCAACUGAUGAUUGCUCCUGUACCACCACAGCUGCACAUAAACUCUACUAACGAGGCCUACAUGCUCUCAAGACCCUCCUCGCUCUUCUGGUGUCACAAUCUGACGUCCUUCUCGUGUCUCGAGAUCUCCUCGGUCACACUCACCCCUAUGAGCUCGCCCGAGUCCAACCUCUCGGCAGGCCUACUAACCCCUCCUCCGGCUAAGCCUGCUCUCCUCCCAAAGCCUGCCGACGGGUGCAGCAUCCCGCGGCCUCGCGCUGGCAGCAUCUCCUUCAAACCCCCGAUGUCCACAGAUGUUUUUGACAUGGUUCCCUUCUCUACUGUCACACCCCUGGUGCCAAUUCCCGCAAGCAACGGCACACCCCCUCCCCCCACUACAACAUCUCCUCCAGACAUGAGUAAAGACCUUUUUGGAGCGGAACCUUUCGAUCCGUUCACCUGUGGGCAAGCCGACUUCCCCCCGGAUAUCCAGUCCAGGCUGGACGAGAUGCAGCGUCAGAGAUGGUUUGUACCGUUACACUACUUUGACCCUUGUAGUUGUCGUGACUGUGUCAUCGUGAAUGGAUUUGCAUGUAUUCAGUUUGACUCUGUUGUAACUAGUCUGCAUACAGUACAUCAGUAAAACCAAGCAUUUUGAAAUGACACACUUUCAUAAUGCUGUACACGUGUUUUUCAUUGAGUUGAAGUUACAUUUUCCAGUUAACAAUGUGAUUUAGAAAAUAAUAUAUUUAUUAACCUUGUUGACUAUGGAAGCUUUACUUUUCUCAGUCAGUCUCUUUUGAUUUGAUCAUUCACAGCAACAAUAUUGGAAAAUUAUAUGAAUAAAUAACUAAGGCUGUCAAAGGAUCAAAAAAUGUAAUCGAGUUAAUCGCAGGAUUUGUUGUGAUUAAUCGCAAAUUCAGAAUUUGCUCAAACUGAGCUGUUAUUUAAGAUUAUUUUUUAUACAAAAACCAUUAAAAGAAUAUUGACGUCUUAAUUUUGUCUAAGCAAAAUCUGGUAAAGUGAUAAAGCACACUUUCUUUAACCUCAAUGUCAACUGGUUUUGACAUCACAUUGUUGUUUUUAGCUCUAUAAAUGAUGUAUUUUGGAUGUUUUCAGUGAAUUUUCAACGCUUUCAGACAAUAAGAAGGGAUAUUACCCAAAAUUUACGUCAGUUGACUGAUUUAACUCUGAUAGCCCUAUGAAUAACACAUCUGCUCUAAUAUUGUGUUUGUGUUUGUGUGUGUGUACCUGGCUGUCAACAGUUUUUUAUCUUUUGUUUUGUAACUGAAAAUGUGUUAUUGCUCGUCAAUCCCCUUCAUCAUAUUUGUAUUACUUGUUUCUGGAACAUUCUAUCGUCACAUGGUGUCAGAUGUAUUAAAAGUCCUGUAGUUAUUAUUUGCUACAGCCAUAGGUCAGACAGAUGCUGAUGUGGUUUAUGGUGUAGACUGUAUAUGAGGGUUUUACACUUCUUUGAAGGGAUUUGGUUCAAAGCUUCCUCAGAUCUUGUUAUUUCUCUGAGAAGUGCUAAGGCAUUCUAGAUUUCAUAUCCCCUAACCAUUACUUUGUGGACUUGGAUGCCUGCUGUUUUGGACCAAGCAAUAAUAACAACUUGGGGCCAGUAUGAAUAUAUUUUACGGUGUUUUGGUUACAGCUCACCAUGGCUGUCUACACUUAGCAGAAGUCGCAUGUAAGUGCUAUCAGAAUACGAAGAUCGCAUUGAAAAGACUGACUGCAUUGUGUGCUGAUUUCUCCUCAGUCCUGACGCAGUCAGGCUAUCGAAAGAUCAUCAGCACUCUGCCCACAAGUAUUAAAUCAAACUUUUUGUCAUAUGCGCCGAAUACAACAAGUGUAGACCUUACCGUGAAAUGCUUACUUACAAGCCUUUAACCAACAGUGCAGUUCACCAAGUAUCCAGAAAACUUGUGUUUUGGGAGCGAAAGGCACCUUUUUUCAUUAAACAUUGGAGGAAAUGCGUUCCUAGUGUAUGAGGAACGUGUUUGCUGGCUUCAUAAAUCCUAGCUAGCUAGCCUAUUUUGAAAAAUAGUUAUGUUAAACCUGUUUGCAAUCUCAUAGGCUUCGCUAGCUAGCUUGCUGACUAGUUAGAGGUUAGCUGGCUAGUUAGCUACAGUAGUUGGCUACUGCCAUCAAGUUGUUGUUGGGCUAUUAUCAGAUUUAGCCUGUUCUACCGUUUGCAGAAUGCAUACUGGCAUUUGAAUAUAGAGCGGGAAAAGGGAAUCCGGACACAAUGUGGACACUGUAGACACAUUUAAUAUGUAGCUGUAGUAGACGCAUGACGUGUUUGGAACUGUAGUGUUGAUAAUACCGACCACCUCCAGUUGACGUCUUUCUUCCUAUAGAGCAGAUUGACAUGGGAUUCAUGUGUUUUUCUAACAGCCAUUCUCCCCCUU